AUGGCGAAGCUUUCAAACGCCAACUCAAUCCCACGCAAGCCGGUCCCAAGUGUGAAGCGAACUAGCCGACCGAAGCCUCCAUCGGCGGUCACCUUUCUCUCAACUUCCUUCCUGGCACUCCUAGUUUCAGCACUUCCAUGGGCAAGAAGCUGGUUGUACUCUGGUGCCGCCGUGGAAACACUUCUCAUCCUUUGGGGAUGGGAAGCCGAAUGUCGGAUCCUGCCCCAAGUCCCCCUGUGGACUCUCAUCUCUUCGCUCAACCUCGUGUAUGCGGUGUGCUCGACCUCUUGGUUAUUGAAUGGCUUCUUUACCGCAGCUUGUURGCCAUGGGUGUUGGUUACAUGUCUGGUGCAAUCUCCAACAGUCGCUAGGUAUGCUAGAAGAGCACUUCGAAAAGUGCUCAAAGAGUACCCAUCGCAUUUUGUUAAGGACAAGAUCGCGAUGUUCAAUUUGCCAGCGUUGGAGAUUGACACAGAUGUCGACGGGUUGAUGGUCAUCCGGGCUGUGACGAUAUCCUUUUCCACACUGACGAUUGUGGCACAUGGCGUAGAAGUCGGAAUCAAACUGGCCAACGAAAUCGAGAUGGCCAUAUUUGUCGACGAAGUGAAGGUAAGAUUGUUCAGAAAGAUCGAGAUCGGUGAUGUUUUUGCAAACAUGAAGGGCGGGCCUGCCGAAAUGACGUUUGCUGAAGUGGAAGCUGCCACAGAUGAUGCAGUCAGCGAAGUGAGCGUCUUCAGCGACCACACUCCCCUCCUUCGCGCUGCAUCGUUUGGUGCCGCGAGCUUUAAGGAUCGACCGAAAUUGCGCGAGUYUCUGGCCGGUGGCAGCUAUAUCGAAGACAGCUCGCCCAAAGAAGGGAUUGAUGCUGUUGAAACUUUGUCGCCUGACGACGAGUUGGCGAGCAAAGAGUAUGCGGAGUUGAUGACCGAGAUCCGAACGAGUAGUGCCAUCUACCAAGCGCGUGCGCAGGUUCGAAAGAAUUGCAAAGACGGCACCAAGGGUUUCUCACUGGACAGCGAGAAAGACCUCCGUGCAGCCAUUUCGGCCGAGCUUCACGCAUACUCCUCAAUCAGUCACCCCCCGCAACGGUCUGUUCGGGUCACAACACUGCAAAACAUGUCUCCACCUGCGACAAAGCGAUUUAUGCAUCGCUUGCCAUUCCUCCUUCGGGCUGUUCUAGCCCCUCUGGCUUACUUCCACCCAAUAUCAAUCAACAGCGUAAAUGCCGCAGGCUCGGGACAGUGGGUCUCCGAGAUUUUGCAAGACAAAGUGUUCAAGAAACACACAGAGAACAAUGCGGAGCUUCGCCGACUUUGGAACCGCUUAUCAGCAUGGUUGAGCGGAGCCAACUUCUGUCUAGAGUUGAGUGACAUGGAGUGCAAUGCUACAGUGCCUAUCAACACUGGCCCAGAGUCCUUCAUCUAUGCAGCAAUAGCUUUACAAGACCUGGUCGCCUUUCGAACGGCACCGCAGACCGGUACAGUCUCUCCAGUCGUCCGUCUUGGGGGAGCCCACGCAACCUUCCAUCUGCCAACGUACCUGCUACCCCAUCAUGAACAUCUCAUCCCGGAUCUACCGACGUCCGACGACGAGUAUGACAUGGCGAUCAAGAUCGAAGAGGCAGACGAUGGACCCAAGACUACCCAAGCUGAGAGGAGUCUAGAGACAUUGAAGAAAGACGAAGCGGCUGUCAAGUUGAGUGUCCACGGCAGCUUUCCCGCAAGUUGCGAUCAAAGCCUGCUAGAUUUCGUCGCUGCGCUAGUAAAGGCGACGAAGCUCAUCGAGUUUGAAAAGGAAAUAGAGGAAACUGGAAAGGGGUCCAGUGAUGAGACAUUGGUUUCCUCGACGCCUUCGUCUCCGACUUCUCAGGAUGGGAUGAAUGAUGAAAAUCACGACCAUAACAGCGGCGAAAAGAUGUCGUUCAAAGACAUUGCAGGCUUCAAAGCCACGGCGAGGAACAUUCGUCACAAUAUCAAACAGGGAAGUAUUGAUUUGAAGCAGGAUAUCAAAUUGAUCGCAAAGGAUCUGAACACCAAUACCCGAGAUGGAAUGAAAAAGGCCAUGGUCGGAGGGCUUGUGAACGAUAGGUGGAUUGCAAAGCUUGUGGGGAAAACGGCUGCGAUGCUGAAGGAGGCACAGGGAGACGUAGGAUACAGUGGUGAUAUCCCGAUCGCUCUCGCGCCGUAUCGAGGCGAGAACGGCUUGGAGUCGAAGCUUCUCCCAUGA